UCUUCCUCUCUUCCACAGCAUUGCAGCACUUCAGUGGAAAGCCAGCAAGGCGUUCUUCACUCCUCCCUACUGCUGCAUCUCCCCUACAGCAUCUGCUCCGCUACCCACCUCGCCACCAUGGCCAGUACAGUGUCAGCCUACAAGGAGAAAAUGAAGGAGCUGUCCUUGCUCUCACUGAUCUGCUCCUGUUUCCACACUCAGCCGCACCCCAAUACCAUCUACCAGUAUGGAGACAUGGAGGUGAAACAGCUGGACAAAAGGGCAUCUGGCCAGAGCUUUGAAGUGAUCCUGAAGUCCCCUUCGGACUUGUCCCCUGAGAGUCCAGUCCUCUCUUCUCCCCCUAAGAAGAAGGACCUGUCCCUGGAGGAGCUGCAGAAGAGGCUGGAGGCUGCAGAGGAGAGGAGGAAGACCCAGGAGGCCCAAGUGCUGAAGCAGCUGGCGGAGAAGCGGGAGCACGAACGGGAGGUGCUGCACAAGGCCCUGGAGGAGAACAAUAACUUCAGCCGGCUGGCUGAGGAGAAGCUCAACUACAAGAUGGAGCUGAGCAAGGAGAUCCGCGAAGCUCACCUGGCUGCCUUGAGGGAGCGACUGCGUGAGAAGGAACUGCAUGCAGCUGAGGUUCGCAGGAACAAGGAACAGCGGGAGGAGAUCUCUGGAUAAAGGGCUUUUCUACACAUCUAGCACCUGGUUCCUGAUAACUAACAAACCAACCAACCAACCCAACACAUUUUAUUUUGUUUGUCUAGAUGCAACAUUUGGUUCCCCAUUUCCCCCCACCCUCUGGUGUUCGUUCCCCAGCUACACGCUUCUCUCUCUCUCCAUCCUUAACUGUUCAGUACUUGUGGGGGAUCACAGGCCAUAGGUUACCUCUAAGCAUAAUAGCAGCUAGUUCAUAUGAAGUAUAGAAUCAGUCAAUAACCAAUCAAUCAGCUUCUCUUUGGGAUUUUGUUCUUUUUAAAAAAUCUUUCUUAACCAGAUGUAAAGAAUUCAGAUACUAAUAAAUUCAACCAGCAGUGUCACGGAGAUAUGGAUUUCCUAUCCGGAGCUUAUACUACGCUUGGCAUUUGCUCUGAGCUAGAUAUCAGUGUCAAGACAAUGGGCAGUAAAUAGUGAGAAUUUCUUCCUUGUGAGGGAGUGGUUAAUGGAUCCAUUGUUUCCCAGCAGAUGGAGAAGGGGACCAGAUGGCUCAAGGAAUUGGUUAUGUCAUGCAGAGCCUUUCACCUUGGGUCACUGGUUUGAAGCCAGCCCAGGUAGGUAGUGACUUAGUCAUUACUUUCUGAUGGUGCUUUGGUAGCCCAUGUGAAAUUAGCUGGGGGUCUCAGAGCCUAGUGGACAGGUGCCCAUAUCACAAAAAAUACCAUCAACACAGGCAUUAAUGGCUAUCUUAGCUGGCCACAGGUUGACUAAGCCUGUAGGCUGAACUACCCUCUCAGUUGUAGAGGCAGGACUGGGGCACACUGGCUAAGCAGUGUCGGGGAAGCCUGCACUGUUACUGCCUGUGUUGAACCUGAUUCUAUGGAUAAUUGGGGCAGCUCGGUUUCCAGGGCUGUCAAUCUGAUACUUUUCACAAACAAUAACAUUUCACUUCAAUUAGUAAAUCAGUAAACUAGAAAGUGUAUGUGAUUGCGAAUCAGCCCACAGGCCUUUAGAGAAACUCUAAUUUGGGAGAAUUAUUGUUCCCUCUUCCCAAAGAUGGACGUGACUCUUCAAUACCAUUACAGGAGAGACAUUUGGACCAAAGAUCACAGAACGAACCAGAGAGCUCUGGCUCUCCGGCCUCACGUCGUAGCAAAGGACACGCUGAUCUCUGCAAUGGUAUUUCCAGAAGAGCAGCUUUGGAGAAGAUGGUGGGGGGGACGCUGCCAAGGAGAGGGCAGAAGGGGUUAGGAGAUGUUUGUGUGCCUGCUUCUGGCGUAGUCAUGGCGGUAGAAAUGUAAGGUCAUUGAUUACAGAGAUGGCUGCUGUAAAAGCAGAUGAUGAACCAAACUGUAAGGGGUCUGCCAUUCCAUCUCUGAGGUCAAUAGAGUUGCAGGCACUUAACACCAGAUCUGAAUUUGACUUGAUACAUCAACUGGCGUUUUUAUGUCUGGCUAACGUGCAAGAGGGCAUCAGCUUAAACUCCGUGACGACGUGUUAUCGGGUGUUUGUGCAGGGUUCGGCUUGCCCAAGAGCAUUCCCUUGUGGGAGGGUUUUGUGGAGGAGAACAUGGCAGCUCUUUUUCCUUUUGGAACAUAGAGCAGCAAAGAUUCCUUCCUUCCGCCUUCCAACUUUGCAGUGUACUGGUACGUUUCUUCCAGACCAGUGCAGUGUUUCCAGGGAAAUGGAGCAGAAGCAGGAAUAUAGGCACAGAUACAGGAAGGAAUCAUGGACUCAAAUUCAUCCUCCCUGUGUCACAAACUUCCCCUCUCCCAAUGGCCAUAAUGGAUUCUGUUUCAGAACCCAGGAUGAACUAACAGGCCAUCAAGGGGAACAGGAGGUUACUUACUAGUAACUGGUGUCCUUUGCACACAUUGUCUUCAAAAAGCCACUCUAUAGGUGAGGCACACUACUCCUCCGGUGCGCCUCUGCGGAGGCAAUGUCACCAAGGAGAAUAACUCGUGCAAACAACUGUAUGCUCUGGGGCACAGUGGGUGAAAGACAUGUAUAUACUGCUUCCUUUUACUGUACAUAGAGUGGUUCCUGGCAGGCGCUGAGGGGUGCCACAAACCAGAGUUGGGAUAAGCAGGGCUGGAAUGUCAUCUAGCACAAAGGUGGUGUCAAGACGCCAAAGCAGAUAGAGGUUUCAUAUUUGGUAUAAAGUUCCCCUUGCACCCCCUACCCCCCAACAAAUAUUUGCUGACUCCGUUCUGAAGGUGCAGGUUUUCCAUCUCCAAUGAGCUGGCAGAGUGUAAGGAAUCUGCCAUGCCCCAAACCAGAUGGGUGGCAACUGGUCACAAAAACCCAAUAGUGUGGGAAAGAAGUGGCAGCUGCUGCUGGAAAUAAGGCUGCUAGCCUCUCCCUAAUCUACCCGAGAAUAAAUUCUCCUUUUAACUAGAGAAGAUCCCUCUCUGGCCACAACAUGUUUAUGGAUAUUAGGGAAAAGCUCUGCUCCAAAAGGGAAGGGCUAGCUUAGCCACAAACCCCUCGGCCAGGGUCAGAGAAAGGCCAGGACUGUUAUUUGGCCCCAGUAGCAUCCAGGGACAGGAAGCAUGUUAGGGGCAGGGUGGGGAAAAGGAAAGGAACUGAGGGUUGAAUUUCUUAACAGUAGCUAAUGAUCAGUUUAUAAGUAGCAGUUGUCUUAGAUAAGCAUCUGUGUACACUGCGGAAUCAUCGCCAGAAUCAUCUCAUCCAUAUAGUGACAAUAAAUUUUAAAAAGUUAAUGAAGAAAUAAAUAAAAUGUUUGUGUGUAAGAAAUGGUUGAAACUGUCAAAUGUCCGUGUCUCACACCGGUGGGAGCUGAGAAGGUGUCUGCAAGAUAUUAACCCUGUCCUACUCUCUGUAGUGCUGAGUGUUUGCUUGGUGUGUAAUUCUGACCUGAGGCUUGUUGUAAAUACUGUUUUUAGUACUAUGACGAUGAUGAUUAUUAUUAUCAGAAAUGUUGUACUCAUGAGCACGAGAUUAAAACAAACGAGAAACAACCAUUUCCACUUUGAUUACCCACUGGGCUCAAAAGAAUUUGGAGGCAGGCCCAGGUGAGGGCAGGAUGCCUGGGGCCAUGGGAUCCAGGCCCAGAGAGAGCAGUACAUUGGAGAGGCAAGUGGCUGCACAGUACAUAGCUGUUUGCUGCCUGCUGAGGUGGCUGGGCUGCUUCAGGUGGAAGGUAAAUCAGGGACUCAGGAGUAGGAGGCAGACCAAGA